UAAAUAUAUAGACACAGUCAAACACACACAUUCAUCUAUAUAAACACUUACAUGCAUACAGAAACACACACAUAUAUAUAGAAUCAUUCACCGCCAUUUCCACAUUGUCACACAAUCUAGGUGAUGUACCACAUAGGCUGCCAUAAACAAUAACAAAGAAUCAUGACUGAAAAUUUUGAAUCUCGGAGAAUUAAGAUCCUCCAGCAAGAACGUGUACAAAUUCAAAAGAAAACUUUCACAAAAUGGGCAAAUUCAUUUCUUGAAAAGACUCGGUUUUACAUCAACGAUCUGUUCACAGACCUGUCUGAUGGCAAAAUCUUGAUGAAACUUUUGGAACUAAUAUCCGGUGAAAGAGUUGGCAAACCAAAUGAUGGCAAAAUUAGGGUACAAAAAGUUGAGAAUGUUUUGAAGUGCUUACAGUUUUUAAAAUCCAAAAUUCACUUUGAAAACAUUGGUGCUGAAGAUAUUGUUGAUGGCAAUCAUCGGCUUAUUCUUGGACUUAUUUGGACAAUCAUCCUUAGAUUUCAAAUUCAAGAAAUUGUAGAAUUUGUGGAAGAUGAUGAUGGAGACCGUGAAAAAAAGUCGGCAAAGGAUGCAUUAUUACUUUGGUGUCAAAGGAAAACAGAUGGAUACCCUGGUGUACAUAUUGAAAAUUUCACCUCUUCUUGGCGCAAUGGCUUGGGUUUUAAUGCCCUUAUUCAUGCUCAUCGCCCCGAGUUGAUUGCUUAUGAAGAACUAAUACCAUCUGAACACAUACCAAAUCUGAACAAUGCUUUUAAUGUGGCAAAGAACAUGGGCAUCCCCAAAAUGUUGGAUGCUGAAGAUGUUGAUGUACCAAAACCUGAUGAGAAAGUAAUCAUGACUUAUGUAUCAGCAUAUUACCACUAUUUUGCCAAAUUAAAGUCUGAAUUAACAGGUGGUAAAAGAAUUGCCAAGAUUAUCAACAAUGUUCUUACUUUACAACAAAACCAAAAAGACUAUGAAUCUUUCACCACUAACCUGAUUGAGUGGAUUAACCAGAAGAUUAAAGAAUUGAAUGAUCGCAAUUUUCCCAAUUCAUAUGAGGGCAUUAAAAAUGAACUUUUAAAAUUCAAACAGUACCGAACUGUGGAGAAACCACCAAAGUUUAAAGAAAGAGGCCACAUUGAAGUUCUUUUCUUCAAUAUUCAAGCUAACCUGAAAGCAAAUGGGCAAAAAGGCUACACACCACCAGAGGGCAAAUUAGUUCAUGACAUUCACACAGCAUGGACUAGUUUGGAGAAAGCUGAGCAUGAUCGGGAAAUUGUGUUGAGGGAUCAACUUAGAAGGUUGGACAGAUUAGAACGGUUAGCUCAACGAUUUCACCAAAAGUCUUCCAUUCGUGAAACAUGGCUUGUGGAUAUGAAUCAAGUUUUAAAUGAAGAAAUCAUCAACACCAAUGCCAGUGAAACAGAUGCAGUUUUGAAGAAGCAUGAAGCAAUCAGUGCAGAAAUCUUGGCAGGAAAAGACCGUUUCAAACGAGUCAAUGAACUAGCAGAAGAACUUAUCAAAGAGAACUAUCAGGAUCAAGCAACUGUGAAAAAACGAAACGAUGCAAUAACAAAAAACUGGAAGAAGUUAUUGACUACAUUAGAAGAACGCAAGAAAAGCAUCAGUGCAUUGGAAAAUGGGAUGAUUUUCCUGCGAGAGAUUGAUGGAGUAGAUGAAGAACUCAAAGAAUGUAAAGCAAAAGUCACUUCAGAAGUACCAUUAAAACAUCUGCAAGCAGUUGAGGAUGCCUUACAGAAACAUGAUUUAGUUGAAACUCAGAUGUCAGUCUUAUCAAAACGACUCUCUAAUCUGCAGGAUAAAGUUCAGAAAAUUGAUGAUGAUACGGGUAAACCACUCUUGGUAAACCGAACCAAAGAAGUGACUAAAGAGCUUAAACUUGUGCAACAGUUGGUAGCAGAAAAACAAGAUAAAUUGAAGAAAUCUCUCCAGUAUUUCCAGUUUCUUCAGGAUCUCCAAGAAGAAGAUCAAUGGGUUGAUGAAAAAACCAAAAUCUUGAAAACUAAAGCCCUCUCUAAGGAUCUGAAGGCAGCUUUGCGUACACUGAAGAAAUACGAGGCUCAAGAAGCUGAGGUUAAUGUCCAUGAUCAGCUCGGAAAAUCACUCUUAGGAACAGGUGCUAAGUUAAGAUCUGCAGGAUAUUCUUUUCCAUCAAAGGAUGGUACUGACAGACUAAAAAAGUUUGAGGACAAAUGGCAACAACUAAGAGAGCUGAUGCGAAAUCGCAGAGUUUGGUUGGAAGACUCAAUAGAAGCUCAGCAAUUUUAUGCUGAUGCAAAUGAGGCUGAGUCUUGGAUGAAGGACAAGCUGACUGUGGUGUGCAGCAAUGACCGUGGCCGUGAUGAAACUAGUGCCAAGGCAUUGCUGGUGCGACACCAUCGACUUAUGAAAGAAAUUGAUGCUUUUAGUCCUGAGAUUGAACGUCUUCGAGAACUUUCUAUUCUUAUGACCAAAGCUGCUAGUGAACACAAUAUAUCUCCUGAUAAAUUUGUACGCCACAUGGAAAAUGGAGAAAAUGAUGCUGAUGAACUCGAUUCUGACGUGGAGCCAGCAGUUGUGGAAAAAGAAGUUUAUAAAGAUGUCUUAGUAAAAAAAGAAAUACCACAAGUUAAAAUAUUAUUUGGCUAUCAAAAUCCUAAAGAUGGUAGCAGCAUUAAUAAAGGAGAAGUGGCUGAUUUGAUUAAGAAAGCCAAUGAAGAAUGGUGGUGGGUAAUGAAAGCUGAUGGCACAGGGCUGUAUGUUCCCAAAACAUAUGUGAAAGAAACAGCUCCUCGUGUUAUCCAAGAAACAAGGAAGAAGUUGGUUACAGUAAAAGAAGUUGUAAAAUCUCCAGCAGCUGCACCUUCCCCAUUGCAUAGGACGCCAUCUGUGCGUUCCAAAACCAAUCUUCAUUUUGACAAAGAUAAUGUGGAGAGCCGACAGAAACAAAUACAAGCAACCUAUAAUAAACUGCAAAAACUAAGCCAAACUCGCUGUUCUUCUUUGGAAGAUGCUGCACGAUUGCUGUCUUUCUUUAAUCAGUGUGAUGAGUUUGAAGGUUGGAUUAAUGAAAAGGAGGAAAUGCUGAACAGUAAAGAGAGUCUUUCUGAUAACAUGGCUGCAGUGAAGACAAAGUAUGAGUCAUUGCUAACGAGUCUAGCUGCUAAUCAAGUACGACUUAAAGAUAUCAAUACUUUAGCUGAUGAAAUUAUUUCUUCUGGGAGCAGUGAAGAGGAUGCUGUUCGUAAAAGACAAAAAGAAAUACAAAGACGUUGGGAUAAUUUGAAUCGACUCAAGAUGAAUAAAGAAAAACUUUUAGAAGGAGCUUCAAGCAUUGAGAUGUUUAAACUAACAUGUGAUGACCUCCAAGAAUGGAUAAGAGAGAAAGAUAAUGCACUCUAUGAUGACGAUGUAGGAAAAGAUCUUGAAAGCAGCAAAAAUCUGAGAAGAAAACACAUGAAUUUUGAACGAGAACUUGUUCCUGUUGAAACAAAAAUGACAAAAAUGGCCUUUCUAGCUGACACAUUCUUUUCCAUCUGUGUCCGUUCUGCAUACCCUAAUGAAAAGAAUUAUGUUGACCAAAGGCAAAAGGAAGUAGAGAAGCAGUGGAAAGCAUUACAGGACAAAGUACAAAAAAGAAGGAAACAGCUUGAUGAUUCUGUUACACAACAUCAGUUUGCAGAAGAUGGCAAAGAUCUUUUGGCAUGGGCUGAAAUUAUGGAGUCAAAAUUGAAAUCCUCUGAAAAACCUCGUGACUAUAAGACAGCUGAAAGUAUGCUGCAGGAACACAAGGAGUUAGGAAAAGAAAUUGAACAGAAGAAAGAAAAAUUCCGUCAUUUGGAGAAUGUCAAACUGCCUGGAGGUCAUACAGCAAAAACUGAAGAACUUUUGAAAAAACUGAAAAUUAAAGAAAAUAAUCUCGAUAAUAUCUGGCAGAAGAAGUAUAAAGAAUUGAAGGAUACCUUGAGCCUUCAGGGCUUCAAUAAAGAAGCUGAUUAUAUGGAUUACUUGAACAGUGGAAAUGAGUCCUUACUUGAGGUUUCUGGAAAACCGGACUCUUUGGAUGAUGUAGUGUGUCAAAUUCGUCAAAAUGAGCUUUUCUGUAGCAAAAUGAAAGCUGGUGAUGAAAGGGUUAAUGCUUUUAAACAAAAGGCAGAUACAUUGUUGAACGAAAAUCAUCCAGACUCAGAACAUAUUGGUAAACGUAAGAACCAAAUUCUGCAGCAUCGAGCUGCAGUGAAAGAAAAGGCUUCAAAACGGGCAGAGGACUUAGAAAAGGCUAGGAAAUUUUUUGAAUUCAAGCGUAAUGCUAAUGAACUGUCUGAAUGGAUCAAAAACAAAAACCAAUCAGUUAAAGACACCUCUAAAGGUAGCACUAAUUUAUCAGGUGCCUUAUUGAAACACCAAGCUUUUGAAGCUGAGCUAAAGGCUAACAGUGAAUGGCUUCAGUCUUUGAAUAAGGAUGGAAAGGCUUUGCUUGAUUCUGGUCAUGAAAACUCUAAAGAGGUGCAAGACAUUCUCGGUCAAGUGAAUAAACAGUGGGAAGAAUUAUAUAAAAAUUCUGUAAAUCAAUCCAGUACUUUAAACCAUGCUUCACAGAUUGGAGAUCUCAAUAAGAGUGUUGAUGAUUCCAUUGUAAGUAUAACAGAACUUGGUAACAAAGUCAAAUGUGAAGAUGUUGGGUCUGAUCUUCGGAAUUGUAAAGAUCUUCUAAAGAAACACCAGAACCUUGAAAAUGAGAAAGCAUCAGUUGAAGAGAAUUUGAAAGUUUUAACUUGUCAAAGUCAAGAAUUAGCUAGAGCUGAUCCCAAAAACAAAGCUAACAUUAUUCAGAGUGUAAAUGAAGCUAAUAUUGAAUUUGAAAAACUGACACCCAAGUUUAAUUCCCGUAAGCAAACUUUGAAUCAAGCUUAUGGUUGGCACCAAAUGAAUUUUGAUGUUGAUAAUGAACUUCUAUGGAUCAAAGAAAAGCUACAUAGUGUCUCUUCUACUAAUUAUGGUAAAACCCUGUUGGAGGCUCAGAAUUUGCACACAAAACAUCAGAAAUUGGGUGUUGAAAUUCAAGGUCAUCAACCCCUGAUAGACAAAGUUUUAUCUACUGGAGCAAAACUCAUUCAGGAACAACACUUUGCUUCUAAGUCUAUAAAAGACAAAUGCCAGGACCUGCAACUCUCUUGGGAUGACCUACUUCGUAAAUAUAAGAUCAGAAAGAAGAAUCUAGAUUUGUCUUUACAAACUCAGAAGUAUUUAUCAGAAGUAGCAGAAGUAACAAGCUGGAUUAACUACCAAAUGGAGAUUUUAUCAAGCACGGAUUAUGGUAAAGAUGAAAAUGCUGCUGACAGAUUGUUGGCAAAAAAUAAAGUGUUAGAGACUGACCGACAAACCUAUCAAGGUGUGGCUAAUGCACUUGGCAAAGAAGCUACCAGACUCAUUAAAAGUGGCAGUGAUAAUCCUUCAAUGAUUCGUAAAACACAGGAUGGUCUGUACGAUAUGUUGAAUAAACUGAAACAGCUCUCAGCUGAGCGACGUGUUAAACUGGAAGAGUCGAAAAACAUUCAUGCGUUCCGGCGAGAACAUGCAGACUGUGAAGAAUGGAUUGCAGAACAGAUGCAGAUAGCUUCUUUGGAGGAAUAUGGAGAAGAUUAUGAACAUUUUGAAGUAUUGCAAGGUAAAUUUGAUGAAUUUAAGUGGAAUAUUGAAGCAGGUGUUGAACGUUUCAAUCGAUGUGACAAACUUGCUGGUUUGUUAAUAGAAGCAGAUGGACCAUAUGCCAAUGAAGUUCGCAAGAAACAAGAAAGUUUAGCAGACUCUUGGAAUCAGUUGCUGGUUCAAAUAGAAACACGUCAAGAAAAGCUGCGUGCUGCAAGUCAGCUGCACCGUUUCAGUCGGGAUGUUGCUGAUGCUCUUGAUAGAAUCCAGGAAAAACGAAGCAGCAUUCCUGAUGACCUUGGCAGAGACAUGCAAACAACUGCAAGUUACCAAAAGAGACAUGAAGUGUUUGAAAAUGAUCUGAUGGCUUUAGAGGCACAGCUUCAAGUACUGAUGGAUGAUUCUUCUCAUUUGCUAAAAGUCUAUACUUCUGAGGAGCUAAGAAAUAGCAUUAUUAGUUCUAAGCAAGAAAUCCUUGCUAAGUGGAGUGAAUUACAAGAAAUGGCAGAGUUACGCAAAGAGAAACUAGCUGCAGCUGCUAAUUACCAUCAUUUUCAGACUUCAGUGCGAGAACUUCUUGGUUGGGCUUCUGAAAUUGAACGGGAAAUGAGCUCUAAAACUCAAGUCAGAGAUUUACAAGCUGUACUUCAAUUAGAGAACCGGCAUAAUGAACUAAAAGCUGAGAUUGAUGCUCGUCAGGAUAUAUUUCUUCAAGUUGCUGACGAAGGAGCCCAAAUGAUUGACAAUAACCAUUAUGCAAAAGCAGAGAUUCAGGAAAAGGUUGAUCAAAUUCUUUUAACUCAAGACAGACUUAAUACUUUGUGGGAUGAACGCAAACAAUACAACAACCAGCUUCAUGGUUUACAUGUCUUUUUAAGAGAUACCAAUCAAUUAAACAGAAUUGCUUCUUCUCAAGAGGCUUCUCUCAACACUUCUGAUUGUGGUCUGAAUGUAGAAGAAGCAGAAACUCUUGCUCGUAAGCAUGCAGACUUUGAAAAUUUGGUUGUUGCCCAGGAUGAAAAAUUGGAAAGUGUCAAGUGCCAAGCUAAAGAACUGCUGAAAAAUAAACAUGUAUCUUCUGAUAUUGAAGCUCCAUUGGAGGCUGUCAUAAAAAGGAGAAAAGCCAUAAAAAACCAAUGUAAUGCCAGGAAAGAAAAUCUGCAGAAUUCCUUAGGUUACUUCCGUUUUAAAAGAGACCAAGAUGAGCUUGAAAACUGGAUGGAUGAUAAGCUGAAAGUUGCUGUUGAUGAUGAUGUUGUUAAAGAUACUACUGAUCUUAAUGUAAAACUGAAGAAACUGCAGAAACACCAAGCAUUUGUUUCAGAAAUAUAUGCCAACACUGAUAGGAUAGAAAAGACAAAGCAGAAUGGAGAGGCAUUAAUUAAGAAGAAUUAUCAGAAACAAGAGAUUCAGCAAUCUAUCAACUCUAUGACCAGUAAAUGGAACAACUUAUUGCAUGCAGCAGAGAGCCGAGGCAAAGGAUUGGAAGCAGCACGGGAUCUUCUUAGCUUCUAUGAGCAGAUUGAGAAAGUGAAUGCUUGGAUGAGAGAAAAGGAAAUAUUAGUCAAUGCUGGAGAUAUGGGACGGGACUAUGAACAUUGUUUGGAACUUUUAAAGAAAGUCAACAAUCAAGAUGCAGCUGGCAUCAGGGUUGAUGAAAACAGAAUUCAGUCCAUCAGUGAUUUAGCUGAUAAGUUGAAUAAAGAAGCCAAAGAAAAGAGAGAUCAUAUGAUAAAAGAUUGGCGACAACUGCAAGGAGCUUUGAAAAAAUAUAAAUCUGAACUAGAGAAUCACUCUGAAAUCCAUGCAUUUAAUAGAGAUGUCAAUGAUGUAAAAGAACGAAUAAAAGAAAAGGAAGUUCAGUUAUCGACUGAUGAUUAUGGGAAAAACUUGGCAGCUGUUCAGCUAUUGUUACGUAAGCAAGAAAAAAUUGACAUGGAUUUCACUGUACUAGAAGCUGAUAUUAAGAAACUUGGAAAACAUGCUGACAAGCUGGAACAGAAAUAUCCCCAUCUUUCUGGUUCCAUUGAAAAGAAAUUAACUGAAGCUAAAAUUAGUUGGGAAGAUCUUCAAAAACUCUUACGGAAACGAAAGUCAAAGUUGGCUGAAUCCUAUGAGCUGCUGAAAUUUCUCAGUGAUGCCAAUGAAUCGGUGAACUGGUCCAGUAAUAUGGCUAAACAAAUCAACACAUCUGAACUUGCCAAAGAUUCCCUUGAAGCUGAGAAUAUGUUACAGUUGCAUCAUGAACGAAAAGCUGAGAUUGAUGGUCGUCAGAAAUUGUUCAAAGUGGUUCGUGAACAAGGAAACAAUUUACUGAAGAAACUUGAGACAGCUUCAUCUCCUGACUCUGCUGAUGUUGACAAAAUGAUCAAAGAAUUAGACAAGAGUCGUCUUAUUCUUACAGGAGCUUGGGACAAACGAAAUAAGCUUCUUACUGCGUGCCAUAACUUGCAGAUAUACAAGGAGACUGUGGAACAGGUUGAUGGAUGGCUUGCUGCUAAGGAAGCCAUUCUCAGUAACAAAGAUGUCGGGGAUUCUCUAUAUUCUGUUGAAGAACUGCUGAAAAAGCACAAAGCCUUUGAAAAGACUUUACAUUCUCAACAAGACAAAAUAGAAGACUUGAAACAAUUUUCUGACAACCUCUGCAAUGAGCAACACUAUGCAAGUGCUGAAAUAAAGAAUUUGAACCAAGCUGUUUGUGAAAGGCACCAGAAACUUUGGACUACUUCUCAGGCACGCCACAAGACUUUAGAUGAUGCCCGCAAAUAUCAGCUGUUCUUGCGUAAUCUUUAUGAAGUUACUAAUUGGAUUCAAGAGAAACUGAAAAUUGCCAGUGAAGAGAACUACAAGGAUCCCACCAAUUUACAAGCUAAGAUCCAGAAACAUACAGCAUUUGAAGCAGAGUUAACAGCAAAUCGCAAUCGUGUUGAUGAUAUUGUACAGGAAGGAACUAAAUUGGUACAGGCUGAUCAUUAUGCUAAAGAGGAAAUUGAUAUUAGCUUAAAGGAAUUGGAAUGUUGCUGGAAAGAGCUGUUUUCAACAAGCAAUAGAAAAUAUCAAUAUCUAAAGGAAGCUUUUGAAGCUCUAACAAUAAAUCGUGAUUUGGAUGAUCUCAAUCAGUGGCUGGAUGAAACGGAGAGUCAACUGACCUCUGAAGACCAUGGCAAAGACUUAGUCACUGUCACCAUGCUUAUUAAAAAAAAUCAGCGUCUGAAGCAAGAUUUUGAGAACCAUAGGAAGAAAACGAACAACCUUUAUGAGUCCACAAAAUCUUUGAAAGAGGAAAAUCAUUUCAUGGGCAAAGAGUUAAUGAAAAGAACACAAGAAACUAUUGAUAGGUUUGAAUCAUUAUCAGAACCAUUCAAUAUUAGAGAAGAAAACUUAAAUGAUUCUCUUCAAUUAUACCGAUUCUACCGGGAUCUAGAAGAUGAACUGACUUGGAUUAAUGAGAAACAGCCAAUUGUAGAAUCAAAAGAUUUUGGUAAAUCUCUCCCUGAAGUGCAGAACCUUUUGAAGAAAUUCCAGGCUGUUGAGUUUGAAAUUAUUGGCCAUGAACCUUCCAUUGAAGCUGUUGCAACAACUGCUCGCAAUAUGUUGAAAAGUAACCAUUUUGAAGCAGCUGAUGUUCAAGCUCGGAUUGAUAAUCUUCACAUUAAACUUCAGCGACUUAAAGAAUGCGCUUCUGUACGAAAAAUAAAACUUCAGAAUUCUUUGGAAGCACAGAAAUUUUAUGCUGAAGUGGAUGAAGCUGAAGCUUGGAUGAAAGAGAAAUUACCACUUUUGACAACUUCUGAUCUUGGUGUUGAUGAAGAUUCUGUACAGAUCCUCAUGAAGAAAUUAGAUGCUCUUGAGAGAGAUAUUGAAAAUUUCAGUAAUAACAUUGGUGAAUUAGCUGCUGUUCGACACAGUCUUGUAGACAGAGGACAUUAUGAUGCAGAAAACAUUCAGAGGUACCAGGAAAAAAUAGAAACCAUGUAUAGCAACCUGCAGGAUUUGUUGACUCAAAGACGUAUCAAACUAACAGAAGGCAAGCAAUUUUUUGAAUUUCUUAAAGAUGUUGAAGAAGCUUCCAACCGAAUCCGUGAAAAGGCUGCCAUUGCCACCAGUGAAGAUUGUGGUCAAGAUUUGGAACAUGUUGAAUUACUCCAACACAAAUUUGAUGAAUUUAUGAAAGAACUUGAAACAAGUGAAGACCGCAUUACUGCUAUCAAUGUUAGUGCAAAGAAGAUGGUCGAAGCCAACCAUUAUAAAUCAGAUGAAAUUGUGGAACAUGCAAAACAAAUCAGUUUGUUGUGGGAAGACCUAAAUGACGCUUCCAGAGCACGUAAAGAGGCUUUGAUUAAUGCUUACCAGAUUCACUGUUAUGGACGUGAUACAGAUGAUACUUUGGAGUGGAUUAAAGAGAAAGAUGCUAUUGUGUCAAAUGAGGAUUAUGGCCAUGACUUGGAAAGUGUUCAGUCAUUAUAUACCAGACAUAAUGGACUGGAAAGAGAUCUUGCUGCCAUUAGUGAACAGGUUGAAAACAUGACUAAAAGUGCAAGACGUUUAGUUGAAGAAUUCCCUGAUGCCAAAACCCAUGUGGUGAAUAAACAUGAAAGCAUGGUGCAGGCCUGGAAUAAACUUGUUGAAAAAUCUUCAAUAAAGAAAGAAAAAUUGUUGCAAGCUCAAAAACUUCAGACCUACUUUAAUGAAUACCGUGAAUUAACAACGUGGAUCAAUGAAAUGCUUUCAUUGAUUUCAGCUGAAGACCUGGCUAAAGAUAUUGCUGGUGCUGAAGCUUCUUUGAAUAGAUUUAAAGAGAUAAAAGCUGAAAUAGACAGCAGAAAGGAACCAAUGACUAAAUUUAAUCAAAUUGGCCAAGGUUUAAUAGAAAAUGGGCAUUUCUUAUCAGAAGAGAUCCAACAAAAAAUCGACACCCUCACCGAAGCUUAUGAGACACUUUUACAGAAUUGGAAGGAACACAAAAAGGUUCAUGAAUACAAUCUUGAAGCUCAGAAAUUCCGUAAAGAAAUGGAGCAGUUUGAAAGCUGGAUAGCAGUAAGAGACCAGACUGUGAAAGAUCAGAAAUUCGGCGAUUCUAUUGAAGAAGUAGAAGAACUAAUCCGAAAACAUGAAGAUUUUGAAAAAACUGUUGCUGCACAGGAAGAAAAAUAUAAUGCACUCCUUAAAAAGAUCAAGAUUGAAGAUGCUAUGGCUGAGAAGCACUUAAAAGAACAACAGGAUCAAAUGCAAUCAGAAAACCGAAAAGAUAAGGAUCGACUCAAUGAAAUUCGACGGAAGGAACAAGAACGAAUCUUAGAGGAAAGAAAACGUGAAGAUGAGGAGAGGAAAGCAAAGGAGUUAAUUAUCUCUUCACCUAACCCUGAAACGAGUUCCUUCGAACCUGAUUCAUUGCAAGCAUCUGAGGGUCACAAAAUGGUACAGAAUUUACUGCGUCGUUCAAUGAGAGAGAAAUCCAAUAAACCCAUGACGACUCUGCAGCGCUCUGGAAGCUUUACUCAACAACCUUCUACCCAGAGCGAGGAACACACUCAUAUCGAAACCCCACCAAUGUCUUCACUUCUUAAUAAAAAGGACAAAACUGAGGACUCGAAUAGAAUUAGGAGAACCGCUAACCUAAGUUUUCGACGUAAAACUCACAGCUUUAAAGAAAAAUAUCACCUUCCAGAUAACCUACAUUUUCCAGAAAUUGAAGGCUUUCUUGAAAGAAAGCAUGAACUACAGGCUGGAGGCAAAAAAGCAGCUCUUCGCUCUUGGAAAACAUUUUAUACUGCAUUAUGUGGAAAAGUUUUGUGUUUUUUUAAAGAUAAAGAUGCAUUAGAAGAUAAAAUACCUGCUGCACAUAGCCUGAAUAUCAACAAAGCAAUUUGUGAAGAAGCAACAGAUUAUACAAAGCGAGAAAAUGUUCUGCGAUUACGACUCAAAGAUGGUGCUGAAUUUUUGCUAGAUGCUGGCAGUCAAAAAGAAAUGUCAAACUGGCAGGAGAAGCUUUGUUAUUGGGCCACUGAGAGCAGUGAAGAUGUGAACAUGGAUUUAGAUCUUGACAUGGACAUUGAUGAUUGCUGGGAUUCUUCCCAGCAGUCUGCAAAUUCAUCACCAACACAUCAAACAAGAGGAGUAGUGGAAACAGAUGAAAAUAUCAGGACAAAUACCAUUGAAGAUGCUAUACCUGCAACUGUGACUGAAGAAACCUAUAAUGUAAAAAUUAACCAAAGUCCUUCCCCUCGACAGAGGCAUCCCAAUUCUUCAGAAAAGCCACAUGCGUCAUCAAAAACUCGAUCUUCUCAAGUCUAUCCUACAAACUUGCCAGGUAAAGACGGUUUCAUAUCCAAAGAGACUUCUGAUUCCUGGGAUGCCACCAGUAAUUACAGUUCAUUGUCGCAAAAACCCCCAGAAAAUAAUGACAUUGAAGCACUUCAAAGGCGGCCUAUGUCAUCCAGCUCAGUUGAAAGUACCACAGAUCUUGGUAGUCAUCAAUUCAUGCCUCAGACAUUUGAAGAUGAUGAUGAUAAUUCAAAACUAGAAAAGGAGAAAAAAAAGAAAGGGUUUUCUUCUUUUUUCAGAAAGAAGAAAGACCACAAAGAAGUGAAGAAAGAUAAAAAUUAAUCCAUUCUCCUGUGUUCCUGUCUGUUCAUUCCCCCCCCCCCCGAUUCAUCUGCCAGUAACUGCUGUACAGUUUUAGGACUUUCUUUCUCUGCUGGCCGUAGAGAAAUGUCAAAUCAAGAUUUAUAAUUUGAAGCAACACAUUCCAAAUAAGCCUUAUGCAGGAUUUUGUUUUUUUUGUUUUUGUUUUGUUUUUU